GUUUGUUAUACUCUUUUCAAUGGAUUCCAGUCGAUCGAUAUUAUUUGAUCAAUCAGUUGGCGGUCAAACACACGAUCAAAAUGAGAAAACAAUUGAUGAGACGAUUGCCGACACAAUUGAUGAGACCAAUAGUGGUCAAAACGACAGUCAAUCUGCCGAAACAAUUGCUGAGCAAAGAAUCGGUGCUUUGGAUGACACUAUUGAUAACCCCAUUGAUGACACUAUCAGUGGACAACCCGAAAGUCGAUCGGACGACAAUACUGUCCCAAUAGUCAAUGAUAUCGAUGAUAACUCUACCGAAAUCGGUAUCAAUAGUAAUGCCAACAUUGUUGACAAAAAUGAUGGUACAGUCGGCGAUACAACUGCGGAUAUAUUUGGUGAUCAAAGCGAUGACUCAGUUGACCAUCGAUUGGUGAUCGAUAUCGACAGAGAUAGUCAUAAUCGAGUCGUCAGUGUUGUUCAAUCUGUUAUUGACACGACUGUUCAUUCAGACACAGAUACCGUACAGCACUAUAGAGUAUCAGAUAUCGGCGCCAACUAUAGUAAUCCUAUUAUUGCUGUUAACGAUACCAACGAUGACAAUGGUUUGUCUGUAAAUGAGGCCAACAACGGGAUACCCAUUAAUACCGAUACCGAUGGCCAGUGUUUGGGUACUACCAGUGCUGAGACUUCUGACAACACACAACUACGGACACCCACUCGUAUUCAAUCAACAACAGGUUUACCAGAAUCUCCGACUCAGGAGGACUUGGAUUCACUCAAUGAUGAAAUGUUCGCAUUGGCCGUCAAUAAGUUAGGAACGUGUGGACGCAAUUUUGGUAAAUGGAUGACUCGUUUCAGUAAUGCUUCCGCCAAAUGUAUUGAAAUGGCCAGCAGUCAAAUGUCUGGACGGGUUAGUACUUCAAUUGAUAACUUUAUAGCUGAACCCAUGGACGACACUGACGUCUCAAUGGACCAAUCGUUAAGUCCCGACAUAAUUCCCACCGAAUCUGGAUAUUUAGAAACUAUUUCUGGAAGUAAUCAAAAAGUCAUCCAACUGUAUGGACACCUGACCAACGCCAACGCAGUUAAAGACAAACAACGAUUGUUUGAAAGCUAUCAAAAAUCGUCAUAUAUGGGAUGGGAAGUGUUAACCGGUAGGACUGUUCAUCAGUUUGUUUUUUUCCGGUUAUACUCGCCUUGUUGUCCCAUAUGUGGGCAAGAUUUGGCCACCGGACCUAAUUCGACUGUCCACGACAUACACAAUCACAUGAAAGUAAAGCACUACAUGAUGAACACCUCGACAUUAAUUCACGCCAAACUUCAUAUCGUUAGCUAG